UGCUGUCGGGCGGGCAGAGCGCGCGGAGCCGGCAACGCGGCGAGUGUCGGGAGCUCUGCUGCUGGCCUCGCGCUUUGCCCCCGGGGCUGGCCGCCUGGCGGUCGGGCUGCUGACCGCCCGCGGUGCCGCGAUGUCCACCAAGGUCAGGAAGAGCCGCGAACCGGCGAGGGUGACCUUGCCGGCGCCGGAGGACGAGGACCGCGAGGCCGAGGGCGCCGAAUCGCAUCGCCGCGGCCGGGGCUGGAGAGGAGUCAACGGCGGGCUGGAACCUCCCGGGCAGCGCGCGCCGCAGUCCCCGGGGCCCGACGCGUCCUCGGAGGACAGCCCGCCCUGGAGGCGCGCGGCGGGGAUGCGCGACAAGGGCCGGCGCCACCAGGCGGUGCGCGGCCCGGCUUUCAUGUUCGGUGCCCGUGGGCCCAGCCUCACAGCGGAGGAGGAGCGCUUCCUGGACGCCGCCGAGUACGGCAACAUCCCGGUGGUCCGCAAGAUGCUGGAGGAGUCGCACACGUUGAAUGUCAACUGCGUGGACUACAUGGGCCAGAACGCGCUGCAGCUGGCAGUGGGCAAUGAGCAUCUGGAGGUGACCGAGCUGCUGCUGAAGAAGGAGAACCUGGCGCGCAUCGGCGAUGCGCUGCUGCUGGCCAUCAGCAAGGGCUAUGUGCGCAUCGUGGAGGCCAUCCUUGGCCACCCCGGCUUCGCGGCCAGCCGGCGCCUGACGCUCAGCCCCUGCGAGCAGGAGCUGCAGGACGACGACUUCUAUGCCUACGAUGAGGACGGCACGCGUUUCUCACCCGACAUCACGCCCAUCAUUCUGGCCGCGCACUGCCACAAGUACGAGGUGGUGCACCUGCUGCUGCUCAAGGGCGCUCGCAUCGAGCGGCCGCAUGACUACUUCUGCCGCUGCGGCGACUGCGCCGAGAAGCAGCGACUGGACGCCUUCAGCCACUCGCGCUCCAGAAUCAACGCCUACAAGGGGCUGGCCAGCCCGGCCUACCUGUCGCUGUCCAGCGAGGACCCAGUGCUCACCGCACUGGAGCUCAGCAACGAACUGGCCAAGCUGGCCAACAUAGAGAAGGAGUUCAAGAAUGACUACAGGAAGCUCUCCAUGCAAUGCAAAGACUUUGUAGUGGGCGUACUGGACCUUUGCCGGGACUCAGAAGAGGUGGAAGCCAUUCUGAAUGGAGAUCUGGAGUCAAUGGAGCCUCUGGAAAUACACAGGCACAAAGCAUCACUGAGUCGUGUCAAACUCGCCAUUAAAUAUGAAGUCAAAAAAUUUGUAGCUCACCCCAACUGCCAGCAACAGCUUUUGACGAUUUGGUAUGAGAACCUCUCUGGCCUUCGAGAACAGACCAUAGCUAUCAAAUGUCUGGUUGUGCUGGUUGUCGCCUUGGGCCUUCCGUUCCUCGCCAUUGGCUAUUGGAUUGCGCCUUGUAGCAAGCUGGGGAAAAUUCUGCGAAGCCCUUUUAUGAAGUUCGUGGCACAUGCUGCCUCCUUCAUCAUCUUCCUGGGCCUGCUUGUGUUCAAUGCCUCAGACAGGUUUGAAGGCAUCACCACACUGCCCAACGUCACUGUUACCGACUACCCGAAACAAAUCUUCAGGGUGAAGACCACCCAGUUCACAUGGACAGAAAUGCUAAUUAUGGUCUGGGUUCUUGGAAUGAUGUGGUCCGAGUGCAAGGAGCUCUGGCUGGAAGGACCCCGGGAAUACAUCAUGCAGCUGUGGAAUGUGCUCGAUUUUGGCAUGCUCUCUAUCUUCAUUGCUGCAUUCACAGCCAGGUUCCUAGCUUUCCUACAGGCCACGAAAGCACAGCAGUAUGUGGAUAGCUACGUGAAAGAGAGUGACCUCAGCACAGUCACGCUCCCACCAGAGGUUCAGUAUUUCACCUAUGCUAGGGAUAAAUGGCUCCCUUCUGACCCUCAGAUCAUAUCUGAAGGCCUCUAUGCCAUAGCCGUGGUGCUCAGCUUCUCCCGGAUCGCUUAUAUCCUCCCUGCAAAUGAGAGCUUUGGGCCUUUGCAGAUCUCUCUUGGAAGGACUGUGAAGGACAUAUUCAAGUUCAUGGUUCUCUUCAUUAUGGUGUUUCUGGCCUUCAUGAUUGGCAUGUUCAUACUUUAUUCUUACUACCUUGGGGCCAAAGUAAAUCCUGCUUUUACCACUGUAGAAGAAAGUUUCAAGACUUUGUUUUGGUCAAUAUUUGGGUUGUCUGAAGUAACUUCUGUUGUGCUCAAAUAUGAUCACAAAUUCAUAGAGAAUAUUGGAUAUGUUCUUUAUGGAAUAUACAAUGUCACCAUGGUGGUGGUUUUACUCAACAUGCUAAUUGCUAUGAUUAAUAGUUCAUAUCAAGAAAUUGAGGAUGACAGCGAUGUAGAAUGGAAAUUUGCUCGUUCAAAACUUUGGUUAUCAUACUUUGAUGAUGGGAAAACAUUGCCCCCACCCUUCAGUCUGGUUCCUAGUCCAAAAUCAUUUGUUUAUUUCAUCAUGCGGAUCACUAAUUUUUCCAAGUGCAGGAGGAGAAGGCUACAGAAGGAUCUGGAAAUGGGAAUGGGUAACUCAAAGUCCAGGUUAAACCUCUUCACUCAGUCUAACUCGAGAGUUUUUGAAUCACACAGUUUUAACAGCAUCCUCAGUCAGCCAACACGUUAUCAGCAGAUAAUGAAAAGACUUAUAAAGCGGUAUGUUUUGAAAGCCCAAGUAGACAAAGAAAAUGAUGAAGUUAAUGAAGGUGAAUUAAAAGAAAUCAAACAAGAUAUAUCCAGCCUUCGCUACGAACUUUUGGAGGACAAGAGCCAAGCUACAGAGGAAUUAGCCAUCCUAAUUCAUAAACUCAGUGAGAAACUGAACCCCAACAUGCUAAGGUGUGAAUGAGGCAGCAGUCAGCAGUCAAGCUCUGACUACAGCACAGAUGUGGGCAAUAAUAUUCCUAAGUAUGAAAUACUUGAAAAACUAUGAUGUAAAAUUCUAGGAUGAGCUACUUUUAUCAUGUGACUCUUUAAAGGCUAGAUCAUAAUGUUUUCCAUCAUAUGAAAAUCAUUUCAGCCAUCGGCCUGCCUCAACAUUACAAGCAAUGACAUGUCAUUAUAUUUAAAAGUCCUAUGUUAAUGUUACUGACAUCUUUGUCAUUUUAUCUUUGCACUAUCUGUCGACCUCCAAGAGACCAUAAGUUCCUUUGGGACAGAGACCAUAUCAUUCUCAUCUUUUUGUCUCCAGCAUUUAGUGCAGUGCCUGGUACAUAGUAGGUGCUCAAUAAAUGUUGAAAUCAACUGACCUGAAUUUCCAACAUGCAAGAAUGGAUGAAAGACCAUUGCUAGGUAGUAAGUCUUCUCCAAAUGCUGAACAGAUUUCUUUUUAAUAGAAAUGGAACAAGUUUUACAACCAGCUAGAACUUGGUGAAAUUUUCUUAGGCUUUUAGGCAUCUCCAACAAUUCUAGAACCUUUGAAACUCAAGUGAAGAAUGUAACAAUGAAAUGAGCUAAUUGAAAAUAUAUUAACACUUAUAUUUAAGUUUCAUAGGAUUGUUCAAAGCAAUAUAUUAAAGGUUUUUCUAAAAUAU